CUGUCCGCAGUCUCUGGUCAUCCCUGUACUGUCCGCAGUCUCUGGUCAUCCCUGUGCUGUCCGCAGUCUCUGGUCAUCCCUGUGCUGUCCGCAGUCUCUGGUCAUCCCUGUGCUGUCCGCAGUCUCUGGUCAUCCCUGUGCUGUCCGCAGUCUCUGUCUCUGGUCAUCCCUGUACUGUGUCCACAGUCUCUGGUCAUCCCUGUACUGUGUCCGCAGUCUCUGGUCAUCCCUGUACUGUGUCCGCAGUCUCUGGUCAUCCCUGUACUGUGUCCGCAGUCUCUGGUCACCCCUGUACUGUGUCCGCAGUCUCUGGGCAUCUCCUGUACUGUGUCCGCAGUCUCUGGUCAUCUCCUGUACUAUGUCUGCAGUCUCUGGUCAUCUCCUGUACUAUGUCCGCAGUCUCUGGUCAUCUCCUGUACUGUGUCUGCAGUCUCUGGUCAUCUCCUGUACUAUGUCCGCAGUCUCUGGUCAUCUCCUGUACUGUGUCUGCAGUCUCUGGUCAUAUCCUGUACUAUGUCUGCAGUC